UAAUUCACAUGGUAGGUGGUGCCAUUUAUUCUAAUACACUUGUAGCUUCGAUGAUUACUCUAUACAUACUCCAUACUAUGCCAAGAAUUGUCGAUUCCUAAAACCAAUAAAACCAGUACAAUCUUGUUAGCUUGGACGACAGAAAUUUUUGAAACUACAAUUGAGCUUCAAUUCCAUGGCCGCCUUUCCAUUUCCCUACACUUUCUUUCUCACAAAACCUUCCAUUUCAAAGUCCUUAACUACCCGUCACCAUGUAAAGCUUCUGGUUUCACCUACGACCAGGAAAAACACCUCAAAAACUUGCAGCUGCAGUGCCCAAAAUACCCGCCGUGCUCCUUCAAAUUCCCCACUUUGGACUGUCACCGACAUAGCCCAAGCUGUCGGUGGCAAGAUUGUAAAAUGGGGUCCUCCAGGAACCAUUUCUAUUGAUACCAGAACCAUAGAACCCGGCCAAUGGUUCUUCGCCAUUACCGGGGAAAAUGUUGAUGCCCAUGAUUUUAUAACCCUUGAUUUAUCGAAAAGUGGAUGUGUCGGGGUAAUUGGAAACCGUGUUUGCGAGAAUUGGGAAAUGGGUUUCGUCCAGGUUGAUGGCGACACUGUAAGUUCAUUGCUGAAGAUGGCAGCAUUUGCAAGGAACAGGUUUGUCGGUAAAGUGAUAGCAGUUACGGGAAGCGUUGGGAAAACUAGCACAAAAGCUAUGAUAGCUUUGGCGCUUGAGAGUUUAGGGAGUAAAGUUUAUCAUAGUUAUGAGCACUGGAAUAAUACAUUCGGGGUUUCUCUCUCAUUGAUAACGAUUCCUAGGGAUGCAGGGAUAGCAGUUUUGGAGAUGGGAAUGAAUCGGAAAGGACAGUUAUUGGAAUUGACACGGCUAGGGAGGCCUGAUAUUAGAGUGAUUCUUAAAGUGGCCACUGCUCAUUUGGAGAAUCUUGUAAGCUUGGAGGGAGUUGCAAUGGCUAAAGGGGAGAUGUUCCAAGAAGCAAAGCCAGGAGAUAUAUGUGUAGCCAAUGCUGAUGAUCCUUUUGUCAAGAGCAUUCCAGUUCCACAAGGAGCUAGAAGGGUGCUUUUUGGUCGGAGUUUGGAGUCUGAUGUUCGGUUGGUAGCAGCAGAAAGGGUAGGCAGUGGUGGCAGUGUUGGAGUUCGAGUUGUCUUACAGAAAAACAUGGAGAUGGUGGAAUUUGUGAUUCCGACUUUGGGUCUGCAUAUGGCUGUCAAUGCAUGUGCAGCAGCAGCAGUUGCAACUUCUAUGGGUGUUCCUCUUUCUCAAGUUGGAAGAUCCUUAUCUCGAUACAUUCCUGUUAGUAUGAGGUCCGAGUUUGUUGUAGCCAAAAGUGGCAUCAAGAUAGUGAAUGACGCUUUCAAUGCCAAUCCUGUUAGCACCAAAGCCGGUAUCGACACGUUGAAAAACAUCGAUUGUGAUGGAAAAAGAGUUGCUAUUCUUGGGGACAUGUUUGAACUAGGUACUCAUGAGAUAGAGUAUCAUGAGGAGGUAUUAAACUAUUGUCUUGAUGCUUGUAUUGAUGUAGUUGCCAUUGCGGGGCAGAGGUUUCAUUUAGCAGCUGAUAAUAUGAAUUUAAUGAAGAAGAUGAAGGUUGUACAUGCUGUUGAAACAGAAAAUCUUAUUCCUAAAAUCUUGAACUGUUUGAAUAUGAAUGAUGUAGUCCUCGUGAAGGGUGGGUGUCAGAUGCAAAUGGUGAAAGUUGUGGAUGCAAUUAAGGCAAUGCCUAGAUUCACUCAACCUUCAUGUUCGGGUUCGGAGAAUUGAAGGCAAGAACAAGGAUGACAAAUCUGAUAAAAACAACUGAUCAGGAGUCGAACUCUUAAAACAGAGUCGGUAAGGUGUGGGGCUAAGCAAGUGCCAAUGUCCCUUUCGGACAAGGUGCAUUUGUUCGAGACUUAACUACUGUAAGGGACUUCUACCCUUUUGUUGCUUUGUAAACUACUUUGUUGGAUGCAUUGAAGAAUCAGGAUAUAUGUACUCCUACUGCCAUGCCAUCAUGUUGCAACCAACAUUACAUUUGUCAUAUGGUAUGUUUUUUUUAAAGUUGACAAA